AGUUGUUUGAGGAAUGUAUCUUGUGAUUCUUGACUUCAAAAGACCCUUGAUGGUGUACAAGUGAUAUAUGGUUGUCAGCCUUGAAACACCAUUUACUGCUGAAUGAGCCACUUAGCAAAGUUAGCUGCACUCCAAAUAUAAAGAAUCUAUCUGUUAAGCUAGUCCAACAUUAUCCAACAUGAAGGAAGUACAUGCAAUGUAAAUAAAAUUUACCAAACCAAUCAUUAUUGUUUAAAUGAAUUUAUGCUGUCAUAAACAAUCUGUUAUUGUCAUUGGUUUGUUAUGUUCAAUGUAGCCUAUAACUUUAUGUUUUCUUCUAGUACGGAUAAUAACAAUUCAUUGUUUCCUCAAAUGAUACGGUAGCACAAAAGGUCAAUGUUAAAUCAGUCGAAGAAAGAUACUGAAUGAGGUACCUUCAAUUUGCAUCUAACCUCUCUCUGUAGAAGAAUGGUUUCUGAGUUUCUGAUAUUUUUAUAUCACAGAAUAAAUAAGCAUUCCUGAAAAAAAAAUGAGUAAAACAAAAGUUAUCCUGAUGAAUUUGCAAAAUUAUCUGUCAAUGUUCACUGAUGACAGUAAAUAAUGCCCAUAACCUAUUUCCCUGAGGUAUUUGAACUAGCUCAUGAAACAAAUCUUUUUAUUCAAUUUACCUAAAACUAAAAUGGCACUUGUAAACCCAGGUUCUAUCUGAUCACUUCAUCCUUCUGCCAAGAGUAAUCCAAUACAUGUAUUUAAACCAGAUUUUACAUCUUCUCAAUCCAUUUACUUCGAGCAAACAGCAUUCAUUCUAAUUCAGCAUUUUCCUACUGUUAUCCAGACUUUAAUGUACAGUGUCUAUUAUUUAGAAAUGGAAUGAUGGAACUUCAUCAGAUAAAUGUUGACACAGAAUUGCAUGACAAUCUGAAAUUGGAAUCAAGAUGUAUAUGUACAAUGUAUUACACCUUAUUUACAAUCUGAAUUACAUGUAAGUGUUAAAAUAUAGCCAUCCACUAGCUAUGUACGAAACAUAAUGAACUAAAUUCUUCAUUCCAUAUUUUCUUAAAUGAAUGACACAUAUAUAAUAAAUGAUCGCUUGAGAUUAGAAAUGCCACAAAAAAAUUAUUUCACUGAGGUGGGUAGCAUGCCAUCAUCGUGCAAUGACCCAGGAGCCUCUCAUCAAUGUAGUUGCUGUAAGUUUAGGUCUAGCCCAUGCUGGCUUCCUUCCCAGCCAUACAUGGCAAGGUCUGGCAGCAACAUGCGAAUGGUUGUGACUUUCCCCUGGGCUCUGCUCGGUUUCCUCCCACCAUAAUGCUGGCCGCCGUUGUAAAUGUGAAAUAUUCUUAAGUACAGAGUAAAACACCAAUCAAAUAAAUAAACAAAUACAUAGAAUUAUUUCACCCUUACCAUCGCAAUAUACAUAUAUAUACCAGAAGGUGAAUUAAAGAAAUAUGUGGUCCUGUACUGUUGACUUCUCUUGCAUUAGCAUUUCAGAACAAAUCAUAAUGUUUGCAUUUGUCAUAAUGAAAGUCUUUUGUCCAUGGGCCGUACAAUGUGAUGGAGAUGUCCAUUUGUUCAUGAGUGGAACCCUCAACCCCUGUUUUGGAGGCCUGUUCAUGUAUCAAUAAUUCUGUGUGGUUGAUUAUUGGUGAUACAAUGUGUUUUCACCUACACUUGCCAAUUCAAGGGUUUCUAUGACAACAACAUUGUAAUGAAGCUGCAGCAAAUCCCAUUUCUUAUUCAAUAUCAGACUAUGACUCCGUCAAAGUGUUGUGUGUUCAAACAGUGGGACCAGUAGGCGUUUCCACACGAGUCAUGUUUUACUGUUGUUAUAGACCUAAUUUUUGCAAAACUUUGCUGGCAGAAUUCUAAAAAUAAUUAAUAAUAAUAAAGCAGCCAGAUUCUCACUUGUUUCAGAUAACAAGGGAUCAUUGAUCUAACUUCAUGUAUUAUUCAAAUCUCUUGAACAGCAUGUCAUCAGAAUGUUGACAUUUACACAAAAAUUCACAAUAUCACAGGUAAUCAAUUCAAACAUAAUUACUUUUGAUACUGAUGCUACCUUUUAUCUCUUCUCUUUAUUCAACAUAAAAUUUCCUGAACUGUUUGAAUAAGAGAUGAACACGCUUUCCUCAGGGAUAUGUAUUCUGGUGAUGGUAAUCUAAGCUAUUCAUUGCAAUGUUUUGAAUUGCCAUACUCAAGAAUUUUUCAUUCAUGGGAUAGGGGCCAUUUUUUUCGGUUGAAGGAAGCCAAAAUAAAGCUACCGAACUUUGGUGAAUUGUUGUCCACCUCUCGAAGACGUGGCGUCACAUAGGUGGGAGGCUUGUGCAAGCACCUUAUUGGCCCAGUCAAGGCCCACUCCUUUAGGCGAUUCAGGACACGUCUGACAAAAUUUUUCACCAAACACCAAGACCUUGUGUUCACACACAUCUACUGAUCAAACAAGAGGAGCAUUGUUGAUAAUGAUAGACAGACUGUCUGCUCAUUCCAAACAUUAUAUGACAAUACAGAGGAAGUGGAAGCAUGACUGCUUAUACAGUGCAAUGACUACCAAUCAGAACUGAACAAAUCAGAAUGAAAUGAAUUGAUAAAUGGCACAUUCACUGAAGUUCAUGCAGAUUCUGGACAAACUGAUGUACCAAACUGACCUGAACACACUCAAGAGCAAAGAUUAUGAUCAUGUAAACAAUAGGGCAAAGCCAUCACAAUGAUAAAAGCUUUGCUGAUUAUACUUGCCGAGGGAUGAGGGAUUUUGGCUUGAGGCAGGAUCAUAGGACUUGCUGUGAAUUUGGUGUGGAGAAACAACUGAUGAAAAUUUGCUUUGCACCUACAUGUAUCAAGCUACCACAUAGGCAGAAUGAGCAUUAUCAGAAACUCUUCAGCAUUUAUACCUGUCACAAAUGCAACAGAGAUUAUGUUGCAUAACAAAACCUGUUCACAUGUGGACAAUGUGCUGUACUGGGCUUUAAACUGCUAUGCUGUUACCAUAUCAGCUUUAAUUACCAAUUUAAGUUUGACUUUGAUCGGCCUCUUCAUUGUCAUCCUGAAUGGAGUUGCAGCACAUGCUGUUCUUCAGAGAGAUGUGGAUGAUGUCUCAGACUUGCUAAUUGCUGUUCUGGCAAUUGCUGACACAGUUGUCGGAGUAUUUCUUGUGUACCAUUCCGUCUACAAUCUGUGCAACUGGCAGAUUUUUCAUGAGUGCAUGUUUCGAUACGGAAUUUUGCUUGGGGCUGACCUCACCUCCGUGUUUCACCUUUGCCUCCUGACCAUUGAUAGGUAUAUGAAAAUCACUUGGCCUUACCUCUAUGAAAGGAUCUUCAAAAAGACAACAGUCCUUGGCCUUUCAGUUAGCUUGUGGAUCAUUGCUAUGGUGUUCGGCUUCUUGCCCAUGAUGGGGUGGAACUAUGGGAUGCCAUCACCUACAGAACCACAAUGUGGGUUUUACUUGAUUCUGGAGAGAGGAUACACUCUGCUGUUAAUUUUCCUCUUCCUCAUACCGUUCAUCAUCAAUGCCAUACUGUACGGACACAUAUUCAGAGUGGCCCACCGACAUGCAAAGAGCAUUGCAGAACAGCAAACUGCAAAAAGUGCAGAGAAACGCCCUUCAAAAAGGACAUGGAAGUUCACCAAAACUGUAUGUCUGCUUAUGGGAUUCUACUUUGUGUGUUGGGUUCCUACUGGUAAGCAAACUAUACUUUCCUUGUACUUCAAUGCAAAAUGCAGGUUUUAAGAGAUCAUCAACAAUGUAGGGGUUUUCUGUACAUUAGGUCAUUGGCAUUCUUAAGCCUUGGCUUUGGCAUAUUGAAGAUCAAAUAUACAGUCAUAUCAAAAUAUCCAGCUGAUCCCAAGAUAAAAACUUACAUGUAAAACAGGUGCAGCAAAUUCUGGAAGGUUGCUGAAGGCCUACCUCAUGCUGGCUUCCUCUCCAGCCCUAAGUGGAAAGGUCUGCAAGCAACCUACAGAUGGUUGUGGGUUUCCUUCCACCAUAAUGCUGGAUGCCAUCGUAUAAGUGAAAUAUUCUUGAGUACUGUGUAAAACACCAAUCAAAUAAAUAAAUAAAUCAAAUUCUGGAAUAACUAUCUGGAAAUUUCCUUAAUAUAAACCUAGAUUGUAAAAAAUAAUGCUCUGACUGAAACAUUCUAGAAGCUGGUUGCUUUUAUACAUGCAGAAAUCUAGAUCUUAAAUGUCAACAUGUUCGAUUACCAAUUGCAGUGGCCAGGCCAUUUGACACUGUGUUUUUUUCUGUAGGUGUUUUCAUGCUGUUGGGGUAUUGCCAGGCUGUGGAUUACAUGAGCCCAGAAGACAGAGGUUUGGUAGUUAUGUACCUCAGUGUGCUUGCCUACAUCAACAGUCUGGUCAACCCCAUCAUAUAUGCUGUCAAAAUCCCCUACAUCAAAAGAAGAUACACCCAGGUUUUUGGCUGUAUUCUGUGUUGUUCCUGUAUGAAGAACACCUCUCAAACACCAGUCACUCAGUUCGCACAGAGUUUGAAUGACUGAUAGUAUCACUCAGCACUAUAACAGUGACAGAUUACAAAUGGUUUUGAGUGACACAAUAGUUAGUUACUCAGUUCAUACAAAGCUUUGAAUGUAUGUAUAUAUGCUUGGGUUUUUAUGUCAUAUUUAACAAUUUUUCAGUUAUGUGACAACGAAGAGUCAUUAGGUGUGUGUACAUAGACUAUGUCUUCUUGUGGCAAGGUGAGGUCAUGCUGCCAUGCCGAAGACACCAGACAUCACACCCCACUCAGUCACAUU